GCUAGUAGAGAUGCAACAAAUGUCAUAUGAUCAAAUAAUAAACAAAUAUGAAAUUAGUAAAAUAUUUAUGAUAUUCAUUCUAAUGUAUUAUUUUAAAGAAGUAUUAACUUAAUUCUGAGAGUAUUAUUACUAUAACUGAAAAUUUUAAGAACGAAUAGACUGUGCAGUAUUGUACAAAUUGAGAAUGUCAGUAAACAGAGAAUCAAUAUAUGAGAGAACAAGCCAGCUGCCCGCAGACUACUAUGGAGGGUUGAGAGAGGAACUGGGUGCUCUACCAAACAACAUCACAAUAAAAUUGUUCCAUGCCAGUCAGCAGUACAGGGAGGCCCAGAGAGAAUUCAUUGUAAAGAAUAUUGAUGAGCAGAGAGCAGCCAUUUACAAAUUCAUGGAUUGGGAAGAGUUACAUGCCCGCAAACGUGUCCUGCGUCAACUCUUCAUCAAGUCCCAUAAGGGCAUAAAGGAAGCUAAAGGGGCACUAUACAGAUUCCAUGAGAAAAUAAAAGAGAAUAACUCUCAUCAACACGCACUGCUUUACGCAAUAGAAGAUGUCAGAAGAGACGCCUUUCUCAGCAAUAAGACGAGAAUCAAAAUGGCAUCGUUUGUCAAUCAGUAUUCUGAAAAGUUUACAUAUUUCUUGGAGAAAGUAGCCCAACUGGACCCAGAAUUUAACAGUGACCAAGACAUCUUGAACCGUUACGAGGCUCUGGAGAAUUGUCGGGCAGAAUGCAGUGAACUGUUGAGAAAAGAACUAGAUGAGGCUACAGAGCUGAAAAGGGAGUUGCAGAGGAUAGUCGAGGAAAAAUCUACCAUUAUGAAGAAACUGGAUAACUCACUAGUGAUGUUACAAGUCCGUCGGAAACAAGCCAAGGAACAUCUGAUGCACUGGGAACACACUUUAGAGCGGAUCAAGGGUAAGAUGGCUGCUGCGAUGGUGGAGUCUCAGACACUACAAGACGGAUGCUAUGAUCUGUAUUUGGACAUGUGUUGCCGAAAGAAAGUGACACCCACUAUCAAGAAAUACGAUAUUGAGAAUCAACUCAAAUUUAUUCAGAAAACUAUUCUGUUCUACAAGGAUGUAAUUCGUAUUGCAACAUCGGUAAAACAAGACCAGUUACUUAUUUUGAAAUCCAAGCAGCAUAAGAAAAAAAUUAAUAUGAUUAAAAGUCUCUUGGACACAAAUCCUGAAGAUAAAAUGUAGUACUCGGAUCCCACAGCAAUGAGAAUAUUGUAAGAAAUGUUUUCUGGUCUAAGAAUGAUUCGAAAUUGGAUAUUAUAUCGUUGUGGACGAGAGUACAAGUAUUCUGGUAGACAUACUUUCCUCAAACAACCUAUGAAUACCUGGUUGGAGAAGUGCUUUAUUAUUAAAGAUUGUGGUAAAGUCAUAUCAUCUGUACAUCUUCACAGUCUCAUAUGGUGAAACUGAUGUUUUGUAAACAAUAAAAUCAAAGAGUGUCAUGUAUAAUAAACAACUUAAAAAAUGAAUUAACAAAACA